AUGAUAUCGCUCAACAAGAAGCUGGUGCUGCUGGUGGGAGUCAUUUUCCAUGUGGCCUUCAUGUGGUCAAUCUUCGACAUCUACUUUGUGUCGCCCUUGAUCCAUGGCAUGAAGCAUCACCAGAGUACCGCUACUCCGCCUGCCAAGCGGCUGUUCCUCAUUGUGGGAGACGGUCUGAGAGCCGACAAGGCCUUUGAGAAGGUGCGACAUCCCACAACUGGCGAGUCCGAGUACCUGGCUCCUUUUUUGCGUUCAAAGGUCAUGUCCGACGCGACUUUUGGCAUCUCACACACCCGAAUGCCCACAGAAAGUCGUCCUGGCCAUGUGGCGCUCAUUGCAGGCUUCUACGAGGACGUGAGUGCCGUCACAAAGGGAUGGAAGGAAAACCCUGUGGACUUUGACUCCGUUUUCAACCAGUCCAGACACACUUACUCGCUUGGAUCUCCCGAUAUCUUGCCCAUGUUCAAGCAUGGAGCCGAGGAUCAAUCGCGAAUUGAUGCUAUCAUGUAUGGCCACGACUUUGAGGAUUUCACAAAGGGUUCUAUUGAGCUUGACGCGUUCGUUUUCGACCACCUGGACGAGAUCUUCGAUAAAUCCAAGACCAACAAGACUCUGGACGACCAAUUGAGAUCCGACAAGACCGUCUUCUUCCUGCAUCUGCUUGGAAUCGACACUGCUGGUCAUUCUUACCGACCCUACUCGGCUGAGUAUUACGAUAACAUCAAGUACAUUGAUGAGAACAUCGAGAAGUUGGUGGACAAGGUGAACAAGUUCUACAACGAUGACGAACAGACCGCUUGGGUGUUUACGGCCGAUCACGGCAUGUCCGAUUGGGGUUCACACGGUGACGGUCACCCUGAUAACACUCGAACUCCUCUCAUCGCUUGGGGAGCUGGAGUUAACAAGCCAAUCCCCGCCUUCGAAGACAAGGGUAAUCACGACGACUACUCAGAGGUCUGGGAUCUGCCUGUCAAGCGAAAUGACGUCAACCAGGCUGAUAUCGCCUCUCUUAUGUCGUACCUUGUGGGUCUCAACUACCCCUCUAACUCUGUCGGAGAGCUUCCUCUGGCUUUUGUGAACGCUACUUCUGAGACCAAGGCUCUGGCUAUCCGAAACAACGCUCUUGCUCUUGUGGAGCAGUACCUAGUCAAGGAAGAGCAGCAGAAGGGUUCCCAGAUCAUUUUCAAGCCUUACCCUCCCCUCUCUGAUGCUGGAAAGACCAUCGAUGAGAGACUGGCCCAUAUCGACGAGCUGAUUGCCCAGGGACUCGACCAGGAGUCGAUUGUUGCCUCUGAGGAACUCAUGACAUAUGCCAUCACCGGCCUUAAGUACCUUCAGACCUACAAUUGGCUGUUCCUGCGAACCCUGGUGACCAUAGGCUUCUUUGGAUGGAUUGCUGUUGCCUUCUGCUCUUACCUGCUUGCCUUCGUGGUUCAGUCCGACAAGCCUUUUACCACGUCUCUUCCUCUCAAGGGAGUUGCCUACGUUGCCCUGGCCAUUCUUUCAGGCUUCUUCGUUUUCCAGAAGUCUCCUCUCCACUACCACCUCUACGCUGUCUUUCCUGUUGUCUUCUGGGAGGCUGUCUUGCAGAGGCGAACUGCUGUUGCCGAGGGUAUCUCCAUUCUGGCACGACGAUCUACCUCUAAGGCUCCAGCUCUUGCUGCUAUUUUGGACAUUGGUCUCUCUCUUGUUCUCCUUGAGGCCAUUGUUUACGGGUACUUCCACCGAGAGAUAUUCUCUGUUUGUUUCGGACUCGCUACUCUGUGGCCCUUUGUGCACAACUUCACUGUUGCCAAGCGAGAAUGGCCCACUACUCUUGCCUGGGUUGUCAUGUGCGCAAUCAUGUCUUCCUUCACACUUCUGGAGGUCGUGAAGGUGGAGUCUAUUGAGCAGAUUCUGCUUUCUGGUGCCCUCAUGCUGGUCAUUGGACUGGUGUUCACUAUUCAUCUGCAGCGAAAACUUGCUCUUGCGGCCUCCACUGUUUGCGUUCUCUUUGCUCAGAUCCUUCUCGUUGUUGCAACCAUGUACUUCACUCGAGAGUCCGUUGAGUCUCUUACUGCUCGAAACGGUCUUCCUCUGUUUUCUCAGGUUGGAGGAUGGAUCUCUCUUCUUCUCUCCCUUGCAGUGCCCUUCUUACACUUCCUGGGAUCUGAUGCCAAGGACUACAGACUGCGUCUGCUCAUCAUCUUCCUGGCAUUUGGACCUACCUUUGUCAUCCUCACCAUCUCGUGGGAGGGAUUCUUCUACGUCUGUUUCUUUGCUAUCCUUGUCAUCUGGAUUGAGCUUGAGACUCAAAUGCGAGAUGCCCGAGUGACACCCCAGACCCGGGCUGAUCUUACUCCUGGUGACUUCCGAAUGGCUUUGUUCACCUUCUUCAUGUCCCAGAUUGGUUUCUUCGGUAUUGGAAACAUUGCCUCCAUUUCGUCUUUCUCUCUGGACUCUGUGUACCGAUUGAUUCCUGUAUUUGACCCCUUCUCCAUGGGUGCUCUGCUCAUGUUCAAGAUCUUGGUGCCGUUUGCUGUCCUAUCUGCAUGUCUGGGCAUCUUGAACCUGAAGCUUGGAGUUCCUCCUUCGGCGCUGUUCUCCAUGGUCUUGUGUGUCUCCGACAUUCUGACACUCAACUUCUUCUAUCUGGUUGUCGAUGAGGGCUCAUGGCUCGACAUUGGCACUGGUAUUUCACACUACUGUAUCGCCAGUGGUCUCAGUCUGUUCAUGAUGGUGUUAGAGUACCUCUCUGGCGUUUUAGUUGCUGGAGUGACCAUCGCACCGCACGUUUCCAAGAUCAAGAAGGACAUGUAA